AUGGCGCUAGUCCCGAAAGACUUCAUGACUGAUGUUUCUAUUCGAUGCCCAAAAUUUACUUUAGAAGCAUGCUGCCCGAUUUGCAUGGAGGUUUUUGAUACAACAUCUCAUACCCCUAAAGUUCUGGAAUGUGGUCACUCAUUCUGCAUGUCCUGUAUCAAAAGAACCGUGGAAUCAAUUCAAGUUUCUCACACUGGUAAUGGAGAUGUCGAUAUGGCUUUCUGCUGCUCCCUUUGUCGUCGAUCGAUGAGUAUUCCAUCAACCGGAGUGUCUGGUUUUCCUACAAAUCAUCAGUUGAUUGAUGCCAUCGCUCCCCAAGACUCUCGUGUGAUGACUUGUACAUCGUGCAGAUUGAACGGAUCUGAAACGACAUUUCAUAUUUGUCGCGAAUGCACUAUCACGAAUCACAACUUCGACAUUAAGGCAAUUAUAGGCGAUGAUGAGCCACCGGUACAUCCGGACGAUUUUACAAUCUGCUCGACUUGUGUUCUCAAGAACCACAACAACCCAUGCCAUAAUGUGGUUGCGUAUGUUCCGAUUCGAAUUCAUUAUCAGUUCAAAAGGAAUAUGAGAAGCGUCGACGUUCUUAAAGCACAAAUGGCCGAGAAAUCAGCCGAUGCACGUUUAAUUCUCACAACAAUGCUCGAACGUGUUGGGAGAAACGACACAGAAGUCGAUAAAAUGGUUGCUCUGAUGGAAAAGGCAAAAAGCAGCGAACGCCUUGAUUUGAUUUUCAAAAAAUACACCCACGAGAUGAGCUCUAACAUCAAACUUUUGGACGUAUUGAUAAAAGAUGGUGGAAAGCUGAAAGAAUUGGUGACAGAAAAAACCAAAUUUCUCGAAAAAGGAAAUGAGGAAAUCAGCAGUAUGCACUGUUUCGCCGAACCUUCAAAUCUGAAAGAAGUUCUCAAUUUUUCUGAUGUGAUUCCAUCGCAAAUUCCAACUGAUUUGCCGGAUAUUGUCGACACAUUUCAAACUGACACAGAAUUGCCAAGUGAAGAGGCAAACUUGCCAAGACGAGUCGCUUCCCAACGGUCCCUGUUGCUUAAUGAACAAAUUCCAACGAUUGAAGUUAUCCAAUCGGAUAUAAAUGAGGAGACAUUCUGGAACAUUGUCCUGUCAACUUCAGAGGUUAUCUGGUUCAAUGUUGGUCGUCUUUGGCAAACGAUGUCUCACGGAACAUCGACAGCUUUGCAGAGAAACAAUUAUAACCAAGAAAGCGUUCAGAUAAAUAUUUACGAAGGUAUUACUCUGAUGAUCACAGGAGCAAUCGUAGCCGUUCUCGCAUUCGCUGUCUACAGUUUCUGGUUCUAA